GUGACCAGCCAUGUCCUCAGUCACUUCGGCAACCCCCGCCCCGCCCACUGGCACUAACCCCCCACCCCCGGAGGUGACAAACUCAACCAAGCCGGGACGGAAGACCAACCAACUGCAGUACAUGCAGAAUGUGGUGGUCAAGACGCUUUGGAAGCACCAGUUUGCGUGGCCUUUCUACCAGCCUGUGGAUGCCAUCAAACUUGGCUUACCGGAUUAUCACAAGAUAAUCAAGAACCCUAUGGACAUGGGCACAAUUAAGAAGAGGCUUGAGAAUGCCUAUUACUGGAGUGCCAGCGAAUGCAUGCAAGAUUUCAACACCAUGUUCACCAAUUGCUACAUUUACAACAAGCCCACAGAUGACAUUGUCCUCAUGGCCCAGGCCCUGGAGAAGAUCUUUCUGCAGAAGGUUGCUCAAAUGCCCCAGGAGGAGGUGGAACUCCUCCCACCUGCCCCGAAGGUCAAGGGGCGCAAGCCCGGUGGACCACCUGGAAUAGGUGGCCAGCAGGAGGCAGCCGUGUCGUCGGCCUCUCCGCCCUCUUCCAUCGUCUCUGGGCUCCGCACUCCGACGUCUCCGGGCUCCCAGACGCCCGUCAUCUCCUCGCUGCCCGUUGGCCCAAUCACAUCCAACACGGCCCCCGCACAGAACACACUGGGCACGCCCAUGAUGCCAGUGGGACCACCCUCUCAGCCCUUCGUCAAAAAGAAAGGGAUCAAGAGGAAAGCCGAUACCACUACGCCCAACACCUCUGCUAUUACGGCCAGCCUAAGUGAGUCCCCAACCUCGGAGUCCAAGGGUGGCAAGCCAGGCCCGAGGCGCGACAGCACUCCGCGUCCCGCCAAGCCCAAGGAAGAUGGUGAGCUGGGCGCUCAGCAGCACGGCGGCGGCAAGCGCUCGCGGCUCACGGAGCACCUGAAGUACUGCGACAGCAUCCUGAAGGAGAUGCUCUCCAAGAAGCAUGCGGCGUACGCCUGGCCCUUCUACAAGCCGGUGGACGCAGAGGCGUUGGCCCUGCAUGACUAUCACGACAUCAUCAAGCACCCCAUGGACCUCAGCACCGUCAAGAAAAAGAUGGAUGGUCGGGAAUAUAUGGAUGCACAAACUUUCGCUGCAGAUGUACGAUUAAUGUUCUCAAAUUGUUACAAAUACAACCCACCAGAUCAUGAGGUAGUCGCUAUGGCCAGAAAGCUUCAGGAUGUGUUUGAGAUGCGCUUUGCCAAGAUGCCGGACGAGUGUGCAGGUGCGCUGAGCCCGUCGGGAGGUGGAGGUGGCGCGGCAGGUGGCGCGGUGGUCAGCAAAAGCACGGGCAGCAGCGGUGGCAGCAGCGGUGACUCCUCCAGCGGUGACUCCUCCAGCUCCGACUCGGAGGAGGAGCGCGCCACUCGCCUGGCAGAGCUGCAGGAACAGGUGGGUGCGGAACAGCUGAAGGCCGUCCACGAGCAGCUGGCGGCUCUGUCGCAGGCGCCCGUCAGCAAACCAAAGAAGAAAAAGGAGAAGAAGGAGAAGGACAAGAGCAAGAAGAAGGAACGCGACAACAAGCACAACAAGGCCAAGGCUGAGGACGACAAGAAGGCCAAGCCCGCCACAGGGCAGCCGGCCAAAACGGCACAGCAGAAGAAGGCCCCUUCCAAGAAGGCCAACAGCACCGUCCCUGCCACCAGGCAACCAAAGAAGGGCGGUCGAACGGGCGAGACUGACGAGGAGGAGGAGUGUCUGCCCAUGACGUACGAUGAGAAGCGGCAGCUCAGCCUGGACAUAAACCGGCUGCCGGGGGAGAAGCUGGGUCGAGUGGUGCACAUCAUACAGACGCGCGAGCCCUCGCUGCGCGACUCCAACCCUGAUGAGAUCGAGAUCGACUUCGAGACGCUGAAGCCAUCCACGCUACGCGAGUUGGAGAAAUAUGUGAAGUCCUGCCUACAGAAAAAGCAGAGGAAACCGCAACAGAAAGGUUCAGGACCGGGUUCUGGUGCAGCUCAUCAGAGCGGCAGUAGCAGCUCCUCAGACUCUGGAAGCAGCAGCUCGAGCGGUUCCAGCUCAGACAGCAGCGACUCUGACUGAUCUCACACACACACACACACACACACACACACACACACACACACGUGCCACAAAAACUGGACAGACGGAAAGACACAUAUGGCCUCCCAUCCCAGUUCCUACACCCUUGUUGCCCUUAACACCCCUAUCCCCAUGAGAACUGCUACUUUUUACCUUUCUUUUUUCCUUUUUUUCUUUUGACUCCCUAGCAAUACCCCGCCCCCCCACCCCCUUUUUUUAUUGGCUAUGUCAUUUUUCCCCCCCUCUUCUCAACCACCUCCUCUGUCGUGAGACUUAUUUGUAACGAGUGUUGGGAGGAGCAUGGGACGUUCUUCUUAUCCAAUGAAAGGCUUUUUUGUUUUGAGGAAAGCGAAUCAAAAUGUGCAAAAUAUAUGAGAAGUGUUUUCACUGGCUUUCAAAAGGGAUGCCCCAUCCCUCCAUCCCCCCGGCUUCCACAUCUCCCAUCAACCAACCAAAAGGAAUUCUGUACAACCACGACAAAGAACACAAAACAUUUUUAUGUAUUCUUGAAUGAAAAGAGAAAACAAAAACA